AUGGAUGAAUCGCACCAAAAAAUUGAAUGGUUCAUCUACAAGGGGCAACCAAUUCGAGAAAUUCCGAGAAAUGUCACUCACGUUCUCGUGGAUCCAUCAAUGAAAGAGAUUGAAGAUGGUGCUUUCAAGAAUUGCAAGGAUCUUCUUAGCGUUGUGGUUCCUUCCACAGUCUUACAGAUAGGCAAGAGAGCCUUUGAAGGUUGCCGUCACCUCUCUCAUGUCCAGCUCCACGAGGGGAUACGGGGCAUUGGUGAUAGAGCGUUUGCGUCCUGCGCGCUUGUCGAUUUACAUCUUCCUCAUGGACUAAGAUCGAUUGGCAACUAUGCAUUUGCUAGGUGUCCAGAGCUUCGAGCCAUAUCUGUGCCAGCAAGUGUAGAAUGGAUAGGUUGUCACACCUUCUCUUCAUGUGUGGCUCUUGUUCAAGUUCACCUCCAAAGGGGACUGAAGAACAUCGGUCACUCUGCUUUUGAUCGUUGCCUACAACUCGCCGAAAUAGAGCUACCAGAAGGUCUGGAAAGGAUCGAUGCCAGACUUUUCAGGGGGUGCAGAUCGCUCACUACCCUGUCUAUGCCGUCGACAGUAAAGACAAUUGGUUUUGCAGCAUUGGAAAACUGUCCUGGCCUUGUUCAUGUGUAUCUUCACGAAGGCCUCAAAUGUAUCGGCAAGAGUGCUUUCGCAGGUUGCCGAUCGUUGUGUGGUAUUACCUUACCGUCAAGUCUGGAAGUAAUUGACAAUGACGCGUUUCGGGAGUGCCUUAGCUUGCUAGGGGUUGAGUUACCAAGUGACAUUGCUGUUACGACAGCCGACGACUGCUUUGACGAGUGCUCAGCUUUGGUGAACGUGGCCUUUCCACCUUCGGUGGACCCUUGGUGUGUUCAAAUGCUGUUGAAAGGAAGAUAUGAAAUUACUUCGUUUGAAGGUCUUCCAAUUCACAAAUUGUGCUACAAUUCUACCCACACAACUACACGAGAAUUGGAGGAACUGCUCAUGUCUCCUGGCAUUCUGGAAGCCAGCAAAUCGAAAGAUGUUAGACUCAUGACUCCUUUCCACAUUGUGGCAACCUCGCCUAAUCUGAGAGCAGACAUUUUGGAAUGUCUCUUGGAAAGAUACCCUACGGAUAUGCUUUUGCGUCAGACUGACAGCUUCAAUAACACAAUGAUGGACUACCUAUUGAAACAUAAAUCAAACAAGGCGGUACAACUGAUAGGGAUGGUUUUAUAUAAAGUUUUGGUGGAAUCGAUAUCUGGCUGGGACACCAAAGCAAGAGAUAGAUUUUACUUGUCAGAUGAUGAGAGACCCAAUCUAAAUGACAGCGAGAGAAGACAAGAGCUUCUCGAAGGUAUGGUUAUACAAGUGGGUUUCUACACGGGGUUAGAGACGAGGCUAAUAUUGGAUCUAGCGUUGUGGAAGAUGAAAAUAAGUUUAUUGGAAGUUGAUUCAGAAAACCUCGACACGACGGAUCGGACAAGCUGCCGCUAUCGCUUUGGAGCUGAUGAUUUGAUUAAGGGCGUUGUUGGAUAUUUGUGGGGUGAAAAUUGCACACGCCAUUCUACUGCUUUAGCAACCUAUCCCAAGUUGGACUUUUACCCUACCUCUGACCCCGAAAGCACCGAGUUCGAUUUUCAAGAAUGGGAAACGUGGGAACCUCUUAACGACAACCUUGCUUCUAAUUCUGACUCUGAUUCUGACUACUACGACAGCCUUGCUUCUGAAUCUGAUCCCGACCCUGAUCCCGACUCUGAUUCUAGCUCUCAGUCUGAUUCCGGCUCUUAUUAUUCUUACAAUUACGGCUCUGAUGAUUCUUACAAUUACGAUUUGUGA